UUUGGAUAAGAGUAGAGUUUUAUUUAAUACAUAAUUUAAAAAAAAAACAAAAAUAAUUUUCAUGUCCCUGAAUGUCUUAAAAAAAUAUGUUUACACUCCACCCCAAAAAAAAUAAUAUUUUCAGGGUUCAUACUCGUACCUGAAUGAGCUGCCUUAGCAAUCCAAAGCUAUAAAUAUAGAGGACAUUCAAAAAGGAACCCUCCACUUCCUGCAUACUGCAUUUCCCUUCUCGAUCUCAAGAGCCUGCUCAUUUUUCUCUCAGUCCAAACAUCCGCCGAGUGCAUCCAUUUCAAAGGGCUUAACCACAACUAGGCAGAUGGCAGAAUCACAGAAGGGAAAUUCUGCAUGUACUGAUCCCCAAAAGAAAAAGUCACCUUUAGAUGAGGAAAUUGGAAAUGAAUUCCUUAACUCCUGGAAAACACUUUCAACAGUAGGAGAUGAGCCAAUGGAUUUUAAUUUUGAUACAGUUUCUAGUGGCAAGAAAAAGACAUUCAACUUUGAUAAUUUGGAUAUGGAUUUUAAUCUAGAUGGUGAUUUUGACAAGUUAGCAUCCUUCAAGGUGGACAUGCCUGAACUUGAUUUCUCCUCUCCAUGUAAAAAUACUGCAAAAUCCAAGGAAAGUUCUAAAGGAGAUUCAUCAAGUGGAAAUCAUCGAGGAAAACGAGACUGCUUUAAUUUCUCUUUUGAAUUUAAUGACUUGGAUAACUUCAAUUUUGGUCCAACCUUAACUGAAGGAGAGAAAACUCCUGCAAAGAACCUAGACAGCAAAGGGCCUGAUUCAGAUCGUAUUGAACAUCAGGGUGCUGAAGUCGACCCCGCUAAGGUUGAUGAGGAAAUACAUCAGGGCUCGAAAGCUAACCGAGCUGGUGUUGAUGAUGGCAAGAAUCAAGGUUUAAAAGUUAACCCAGCUGGUGGUGCUGAUGGUGGAAAAUAUCAGCGUAUAAAAGUUAACCCGGCUGAUGUUGAUGAUGGCCAAACUGACAAGCUUCUUGCAUCAGACAAUACAACUACUUCAGUUGUUGAGACUACUGUAAAUGGUGAAGGGACUGGAAUUUCUUCAAGUGACAAAUUUCCUUCAAGAUAUAGAAAUAUUGAAGACCUGGUUGUAACACAUGGAUCAAAAUCUUUGCCAGAGAAAACAAUUUCUGCUAGUUCAGAAGAAGCAGAUCAACAGAGUCAGUCCCUGGAGAAGACGAUGCCAACAGUGCCAUAUGCUCAAAAGGCCAGACACAUAUUACCUGUCCAAGCUGUUGAUGGGAAUGAUUUUACUCAGGAUGCCGAAUCAAGUAUUCAAGCCGGUGUCUUCGCUACAAAAGAAAAUUCAGAGUGCAAUUUAGAACAUAAUGUUUCUGACAGAGUGAUUGUUGGUGGGUCUAAUCACGAAAACUCACAGUUGAAGAAUUCGGCUGCAUCAUGGACUAGUGGAUCAGAGAGCAUCCGAGGAGAAAUUGAAAAGUCCUAUAGUGAAAGACCGGCUGGAAAUGUAACAGAAACUGGGCCAAUGCCAGAUGAGUUGGAUCUUGAAGCUACCUGUGCUGCAAGUCAUUUACAGGAAAGACUGCAUGAGUGCAAGGCCGAUAAAGAUAUCCAGAAAUCAACUUUAAAAGUUUUGGUUCCACUGAAGAGUUCAUGUAGUGCACCUAUAGUUGAUAAAGCGAUACCAACAAAGGAAAAAGAUUCAGGAGUUGUCCGUUCAAAGUUUCUUAAAAGUUCUAAGGAAAUUGAACCUCAACUAUGUCAGCCACCAUCAGCUGGUCUGAAGGUUUCCUCAUUUUCGAGCAAAGGAAUUUCUUCCCUCUGUCCUGCAAAUGGAAAAAGCUUUAACAGGGAGGGCUUCAAUGUUCAUGGUGCACAAAGCCAGAGAAAACUGACUGGCACAAACUCACUUUCCAUGGAGUUGAAAAAAGAAGAGACUGCUUUGCCAGGAAGUGAAAAGAAUGUUAAAAAUCUAUGUAAUAUCAGUAGCAAUGUCAAUCCUGCAAGCUCAACUGAUAGGGCAACUAAGUCUAAUACCCCAGCAAGUGCAGCUGUGGUUUCAAGUAUUGGAUCAACUUGGAACUCAAAGUUGAUUUCCCUUGAAGGUCUUAAAGCUGGGAAGGGAAUGCCUGAUCUUUCUAGCUUGAAGAUUUCAAGAACUUUGGGAGUGAACAAAGAUCAGUCAAAUUCUGUACUUAAAAGGGAAAUCAGUUCUUUGAGAAACUCAGAGAAAAACAUGGAAGUACAAGGAUUUACAGCGUCCAAGAUUGUCCAUCCUAUUGUUAGUGCUGAGAGAGAAACUCUGCCGGUUCCAUCAUUGAAGCGAAAAACAUCUGAGGCAUCAAAUGAAAAUCUGCAACAAUUGAAUCCUCGAAAACGUCUUUCUCAGUCACCUAGUGAAAGCAGAAAUUUGAAGGAAACUUCGGAAAGCACUGUUGAAGAAGAGCCAGAAAGUGACCCCAUAAAUGUUCUCCGCAACCAUCCCCAUUCUGGACUUGAACUGCCUCAACAGUUGAGUAUGGAAGAGCAAAACAUCUCUUUGGCUAUGGAAAAUGAUGGAAAUGUUGCAAAGGCCGAAGCUUAUGCAAAAGAGCUUGAGGAUAUUUGCAGCAUGCUGAAGAAGAAACACGAGGAAGCCAAAGAAAUACUGGUUCGAGCUAUUGUGAAUAAUAACAGUUUAUUGAUGCUUAACCAUCCUAUGUUUGAUGAGAAGAUAUCCUUCACUGCUAUUAUUUGUUCUACUUCUUGGCUUUUAUUAUAAAUUUAAUUUGAAGUGCUGUAUUCCUUCACAAUUGAAAACAUUCGUUUGGUUCAGAAACUCGCUGCACAGUUGAUUAAUAAUUAGCUCCAGAUUCAAACAAGAAAAGGUAUUUCUCUUUAUUUCUUCUCUUUUAUACGUGCACUGAUAACUGUUUCAAAUCAUUGUUCAACUUGCCAUGCAAAUGUCAGGAGUCAGUAACAGGAGAUAAGGACUCUUUUCGCCUGCUGUUUAGACUACGGGAAUCAGUUCUAUUACUUUUAAUGAGCAGUUGAGCUAUGCAACUUAGUUAAAAUAUCAAAAUUGAUGAUUCGCAGAUUUUCUUUUAACUGCUGGAUAACCUUUUAGCGUAAUGUAGAAGGGUAAUGUCUGAGCUA